AGGCCCUGCCUGGCACUCGGUUCCCCGCGCAGCCCCGCCGCCGCCAGCCCGGCCCGAGCCCCGCCGCCGCCGCCUCGCCUCGCCUCGCCUCGCCUCGGCUCCCCCGUCGCUCCCAUGCCCAGCAGCGAAGCGGUGCCUCUGGGGCUGGGCGCCUGCCGCAGGUCGGGGGCGCUGGGCGGGAUGCUGUCGCUGGUGGCGCGGCUGCUGGAGUGGCUGCGCUCGCUGUUCUGGAAGGAGGAGAUGGAGCUCACGCUGGUGGGGCUGCAGUACUCGGGCAAGACCACGCUGCUCACCGUGCUGGCGUCGGGGCAGUUCACAGAAGAUAUGAUUCCUACAGUAGGCUUCAAUAUGAGAAAAAUAACAAAAGGAAACGUUACCAUAAAGGUGUGGGACAUUGGAGGACAGCCAAGGUUUCGAAGCAUGUGGGAGCGUUAUUGCAGAGGAGUCAAUGCAGUUGUUUACAUGGUGGAUGCAGCAGACUUAGAAAAAGUAGAAGCUUCAAAAAAUGAGCUACACAGUUUGAUAGAUAAGCCACAGCUGCAUGGAAUUCCAGUGUUAGUUCUUGGAAAUAAACGAGACCUCCCAGGUGCACUGGAUGAGAAGCAGUUAAUUGAGAAAUUAAACCUUUCAGCUAUUCAAGACAGAGAAAUCUGUUGCUAUUCUAUUUCCUGUAAAGAGAAGGAUAACAUAGACAUAACAUUACAAUGGCUUAUUCAGCACUCCAAAUCAAGAAACUGUUGAAGAAACUUCUGCUGAAGAUAACUCUUCUCCAAUCACUUUGACUCCUAUCAGCUAUACACACAGAAAAGAUAAGGAAUGCAACUGUCUACUACCAGGACUCACUGUGGUCAUAUUUGUUAAUGGAAGUAAAUCUGACUUGUAACUUGUCUGUCUAUUUUGAUUUUUUUUUUUUUUUAAUCCAGAUAUUUGUCUGCCUAAGUGAAAUUCCUGAACGCCUUAAUACAAGACUGGAAGAAAUCAAUAAUUUUUUGAGCUGAAAUGUUUUGAGUUUAUGCAUGCAAAUUGUCAAAUACAUAGCAAUUGUUUUCUAAUUUGAAACUGAAUAAAUUGUGCAGUGGAAACAAAAGA